AUGGAUCUAGAUCGUGUUGUGAGUUAUUCGUCGUUUUGGAAUACUGGCAAUGGCGCGCUAGGUACCACCCUGGGUUCAGAUUCUGGGAGCACGUUUGGGUACAAUCCGAUUGAGACCCACCAAGUUGAAAAUCAUCCUCAGCUAGACCCGUGGGCAGCAGAGAAUGCGUAUAUGCUUGCGAAUCUCAACCCUAACAACACGGGCCUAUACUAUCGCGACCGUGUCGUAAAACCCGUGACUUAUCCAUGGAACACCAUCGGCCGGCUCUUUUUCCAGCGUUCCAAUAUCGAUAAUGGAGGGUGGUGUACGGGGUCUUUAGUCGGGAGAAACCUCAUACUCACCGCCAGUCACUGUUUUCCAUGGGGAUAUGGCAGCAAUCGAUGGAUGAGAUUUUCACCAGGUUUUGGCAACGGCGUCGAGCCAUAUGGUAGCUCUUACAUAUCGCGAUGUCGCGGGGUCAAAAAUACUUUUAAUGUCACCGGGAUUGAUUACAUCGUUUGCCAGCUCUGCGAACCGCUCGGGGACUUGACUGGUUGGAUGGGUACAAAGUGGUGGAAGGAUGGGGAUUCCUAUAUCGGUAGACCAUGGAGAAGUUCCGGAUACCCUACUGAUGCGUUUCAAGGGAAUGAGCAAAUGCUUUUGUCCAACAUCACGCUUCUUAAUGUCGAUUUCCAUGGGCGUCUCGGGAAGGAAUUGGAGACUCGAGUGUUUGCUUCGCCUGGUUGGUCUGGAGGGCCGAUGUGGGAAUAUAUUGAUGGGCAGCCUACAAUUGUGGGUGUUUGUAGUGGGGGAGAGAAAGAUUGCAGUGAAGAAGUUGGCGGCUGCAAUGGUAUAAAAGACUCGAGUUUGUACCAUGAUGUCUCUGCAGGAGGGAGACUUAUGACUGAUCUUGUCGCGUAUGGCUUGGCUCAUUGGAAUCACACUGAUUAG